UAAAUGUAUAAGAUAUCUUCUAUUUUUAUAAGAUAUCUUGUUUAAUAUAUAAAAUAUCAAGUAUAAACUUUAAGGGCUAUCUUAUAUAGUUUAUAAGAUAUCUUAUAUAUUUUAUGAGAUAUCUUAAAUAGGGGCGAAUCCAGGAAUUGCAAUUAAGGGGGGUGGGGUGGAAACAACCUUUUGAGGCAGGAGGUCUGGGGGCUGUCUUGGGGCCCCUAGUGUGUCCAGGGCAAAGCCCUGGUGGGGGCCCCGGCAGAGGGCUAAGCCCCUGGAAUCUCCUGGAUUUUACAGAUUUUAUAGGGCUAGAAAUAUGUCUCCUAUGCAGUCAUUUUCACUAUUUUCUGACAUUUUUGAUAAGGUGAAAUUAAUAAAAUUACGCAAAUUUUAAGGGUUUUUGGAAAAAAUGUUAAGUUCUCCCAAUAAAAGUAAUUCAAUGAAUAAAAAGUUUUUGUCAUUUAUUUCUCCGAGAGUGGAAGAAAAACCGAAAAGAUCAAAUGCUAGACCCCCCCCCCCCUCACAAAUUCCUGGAUCCGCCUAUGGAAGUGCACGACUAGAUGUACGCUUCGACGUUAUUUUGCACGACCUAGCUUCGCCAUACAUCUUUUGUACGACUUAGCAAACAGUUAUGAACCGGAAGUUUGGUUUAGAGUGAUUGCAGCACAUGUCGUGGACCCUAUUUACUAAUGACAUUUUAAAAGAUUUUGAAUGACAUUCUAGAGGAAUGCAUUGAAAAAACGCAAUAAGUGACACAAUAGCGUCAUACACAGUAACAUCAGUGAUACACUGCAGAUUUAUUGAAAGGAGACUCUCUGACGAUACCAACGUGACCCGACUGAACUACCCGAUACGCCGAUAGUAUACAUAGUGGGCGAUUCUCGGUAGGACAGUGUACAUUGUAGAUUUCUUUCUGGACAAUUGCAUCAGAAUUAUGACAACAGUGGAAAGCUCGGAAACAGAAGGAGUUAAAGGAGUCUCUGAAAUUGACAAUGGGAAGGACAAUGUAGUGGUAGAGACCGACAAAGGGACUGCUGAAGGACCCAAUGCAACAGGUGUAAUGGACAAGAGGGGAGACAACCAGACAAACAAAAAAGUGGAGAAACCAGGUUUUGCAAGGAUCAAAGCUGAUUAUGUUCUUGUGAACCAUAAACCAAAGUUGGUAACUGAGUAUGUAUCCCAGGAAACGAAAGAUCAGCUGGACCAAGGGCAGAAACGUAAACAGAGUGAAAAUUUCAAUGAAAAGCAAUCUAAGAAAAAGAUGAAGGUUAAAGGUCGAAAUAAGCAACGUCCAGUGACCCACAUAAAAGCCAAGGACAAGUUGUGCCCAACAAUAUUUCAGGAAAAAGAAUGCAGUUUUGGAGAAAAAUGCAAAUUUUCUCAUGAUGUGAAAAGCUUCAUGGAGGCCAAACCCAAAGACAUAGGUCCUGACUGUUUUGUGUUUGAGUCCUUUGGGAAAUGUCCUUUUGGGGUCGCGUGUCGUUAUGGCAGUAAGCACAUAUCUGGGGAGAACACAAACAUCGUCAAUCAAGAGCUGUAUGAAGAAAAGUCAAAGGUAAAAACAGUUUUAAAUGCCUUGUCCAAAGACCUUCAGGUCACACUUUGGAAGAAGCGAUACAACUUUGAGAAAGCCAAUGAGAUCGUUAAACGGGUGCAGAAAAUGGCUCAGGAGAAACACGACACAUUCUCCAAAAUGUGUGUCGCUAAGCAGGAGAGUAAGGAUGCACAGUCAGACACACCCCAGGGAACGCCAGAGAUCAUGAAUGAAUCUGAAAGUGAAAUCAAACUUAGACCUCAGGAGACCAGAAAGAUUGAUUUCAGCACUAAGAACUACUUGGCCCCCUUGACCACUGUUGGUAAUCUCCCUUUCCGAAGGAUCUGCAAGGCAUAUGGAGCAGACAUUACAUGUAGUGAAAUGGCAAUGUCCUUGAACCUUCUUCAAGGUCAAGCCUCUGAAUGGGCUUUAUUGAAGAGACACGAGAGUGAGGAUUUGUUUGGGGUUCAGAUUUGUGGUGGAUGGGCAGACACACUGACAAAGUGCUCACAGCUGAUAAAUGAAAAUGUGGAGCUGGAUUUCCUGGAUCUGAACUGUGGCUGUCCGAUUGAUUUAGUGUAUAAAAAGGGGGAGGGCUGUGCUCUGAUUGGCCGACUUAACAAGUUUGAGCAGAUCAUCACAGGGAUGAAAUCUGUAUUGGAUGUUCCAUUGACUGUAAAAAUGAGGACUGGAAUAUUUGACAACAAGAACAUUGCUCACAAUGUCAUACCCAAACUGAGAGAUUGGGGCGUCUCCUUGGUAACGUUGCAUGGAAGGUCACGUGAGCAGCGUUAUACUCGCCUCGCUGACUGGGAUUACAUAAAUCAGUGUGCAGAAGCUGGAAAACCAAUGCCAGUGUUUGGUAAUGGUGAUAUUCUUUCCUAUGAAGAUCUUGAUCGUCAUCUCCAAAAUACCAAGGUCGCGGGAUGUAUGAUGGCUAGAGGUGCUUUGAUAAAGCCGUGGAUCUUCACAGAACUCAAAGAGAGGCGACACUGGGAUAUCUCCGCCUCCGAAAGGUUUGACAUGCUGAAACGGUUUGCCAAUAAUGGUCUGGAACAUUGGGGGAGUGAUACCCAGGGUGUGGAAACCACCAGGCGGUUCCUCAUGGAGUGGCUCUCAUUCUUAUACAGAUAUAUACCGGUGGGGCUGCUGGAACAGGUCCCCCAAAAGAUCAAUGAGCGACCUCCCUACUAUGUCGGACGGAAUGAUCUGGAGACUCUGAUGUCCAGUCCUAGCUGUGGUGAUUGGGUCAAACUCAGUGAGAUGCUACUUGGCCCAGUUCCUGAUGGAUUUUCCUUUCUUCCCAAACAUAAGGCCAAUGCUUACAAGUGAUAUUCAUGUGGUCAUACUGGCAGGUCAUGAGAAUGUUUUUGUUUACAAGUGAAAAUCAAUAAAACUCUAUAAAUUCA